GACGGAUGAGCGCGAGAUAUAAAUCGAGGAGCGCGACCAGCCCGGGUCGCGGUUCUGCUCAGACGUGGCGCUCAUUUGUUUACCACCUCCAACAUCUCCGUUCCAGCUCACAGCCCGCCCCAGCAGCACCGACCCGGCCGGGAUAUUGUUAUUGUACCAGUGUGUGUGGUUGUUGGAGUAGUUUCAUGAGGCGGAGCGGCGGGACAGCUGUGGUCUAACAGGAAGAGAGGGAAAUGUCUUGGUGGCAGCGCGGAGAGGAUGGAGAAGAGGUCGUGCUGCAAGACAUGGAUAGUGAUGUGGCUGACCCCAGGGAGGGUGGGAAAGUCAAGGUGAAAUGGACGCAAGAGGAGGACGACAAGCUGAAAACACUGGUUCAGAAACUCGGACCAAAUGACUGGAAACAUAUUGCGAGUUACUUACCGGAUCACACUGAACACCAGUGUCAGCACCGCUGGUUUAAGGUCUUGGAUCCAGAGCUGGUUAAAGGGCCUUGGACCAAAGAAGAGGAUGAGAAAGUUAUAGAGCUCGUGAGUCUCUAUGGUAACAGACAGUGGGCACUGGUCGCCAAGCAUCUCAAGGGACGACUGGGUAAGCAGUGCAGAGAGCGCUGGCACAACCACCUCAAUCCCAGCGUGAAGAAGUCGUCCUGGACAGCUGAAGAGGACCUCAUCAUCUACAAAGCUCACAGCUUGCUUGGAAAUCGCUGGGCUGAAAUUGCCAAGCUGCUCCCUGGAAGGACGGACAAUGCUGUGAAGAAUCACUGGAAUUCGACUAUCAAACGCAAGUUAGAGAUGGGAUUCUAUGCCGGGGAAGUUUUGAGGCCAAAUGAACUCGAAGAGAUUUUGGCUCGCGUUAAUAAAGAUGUGCUGGCGGCUAGUUGCUCCCAGGACAAGGAGCAGAAAACUCACCUCUCAGAGCUUUCCGAAGCAUCAGAUUCAGCUGAACACUGCGUGAGUGAAGCGGCGCCAUCAAACGUCCCUUCACCAAAGGACAGUUUAAGCCCCAAUACUGAAGUGGACAACACGGGAGAGAUGAGCAGCACCAACUGGGUGGUGGAUGAAUCUGGAUUUCUCUCCCCUACGGGCCCAGCACUGAAGGAAGUGUUGGACAUGGUGGAUGGGGACCUUGACGGCUGGUGCAACCUUGCAGCGUUUGACCUGCCCGAGGACAGUCCCAGCCCGGAGCGCCACCAGUUCCGUCUGGAGGGCAGCGCCUUGCAGGAGCUGAGCAAAGGCAACAAGGGAGAGCUCAUCCCCAUCUCUCCCGGAGGGAUCACGCCGCCCUCCAUCCUGACCCGCCGCAGCCGCAGGCGCGUCAACCUGUCCCCAGACGCCAGUCUCCUCAAGACUCCCAAGAGCACUCCUGUCAAAAUCCUGCCCUUCUCGCCAUCACAAUUCCUCAAUAUGUGGACUAAGCUGGACAGUCACGACCUGGAGAACCCUUCACUCACCUCCACGCCGGUCUGCAGCCAGAAAGCCACCGUUACCACGCCGCUACAGCGAGACAAGACCCCCCACACAAUGAGAGAAACCUCUGCAUUUGUGACACCGAACCACAAGUCUGAGCUCUGCACGACCCCGCGGACUCCAACGCCCUUCAAAAAUGCCAUGGAGAAGUACGGUGCUCUUCAGCCUCUGCCCCAGACACCAAACCUUGAAGAUGAUAUAAAUGAGGUCAUUCUGAGAGAUGCAGGAAUCAACUUGGUUGUGUGUUCAACGCCACCAGAGCAGAGGCGUAAAACCAUGAAUCGCCCUCCGAUGAAGAAAGUGCGGAAAUCUUUGGCUCUAGAUGUCGUGGACUGCCAGGUGACAUCCAAACGCAAGUCCAUGAAAACGGAGGCCAAAAACAGCAUCAAGGAAGAACCUGUGACGCUGACCCUCAACUCCUCGUCGUUCGGCAGCAAGCAGCAUGAAAAUAUUUUGGAUCAGGGAUUCCUUUUGGGCCCCAGCGACAGCGCCAUAUUUCCUGGUGCCGUGCCGCUCGUUCCCAUGACCAAAGAGUGGGAGACGGUUGUUUGCGGGCAAACUAAAGACCAGCUCAUCAUGACAGAGAAAGCAAGACACUACCUUCGCUCGCUGAAAUCCCAUCCUCCCAACCGGGCUCUGAUUCUGUCCUGAGAUCAGACGUUUGCAUGUGAAACGUGUUGGUGUGAAAAUAUUAAUGUUGUUCCUGUUAUUCUCACUGGUUUCCUUUAGAAGAGAGGUCGUGCCAUGGGCCGGUUAAUGACGUGUUAAAACAAAUCUCUAGCAAUGGACGGCAUGUUUC